GUGAGGAAGUGAAGGGAGGUGUAUGGGCCCAGGCCUCCCUGCCCCCACCCCAGAGAGCCCCCUUCCAAGCUCGCCAGGAUCCUCAGCCAGACCACAUCCCUCCUCUGUGCUCCUGUCGGUCCAGCCUCCUGCUGACCAUCUUUUGGACUCGCGCCAGCGGCUCCUGCUUAACCCUUCGAUGCCCGCCCAACCCCUGAAGAGGUCUCUGAGCUCGGGGCGGCCGCCCCGGACCCAAUUGGGCCCCAGUGGAGCCGAGCCCCGCCGCCUCGUCUUCCGCAGCUCCGGCUCGGAGCGGGAUUCGCCCGCUGGUAGUGCCGCCGGGUGCUGGGCGCCAAGGGGCCGAGCGCACCGAGUCAGGGGCGGGCCCGGCGCAGGGUAUAAAAGCUGCCCGCGCGGGAGCCCAAGCCAGCUCCGGGGUUGUCCUGGGACGUGUCCUGGCUCCCGAGUCUCACGACCAGGCGACGGCGACAUCUCUCUUGACGAAAAGACUCGGCGUCCAGUGCUCCGACCAAAGCAUCAUGCCCAACUUCUCCGGCAGCUGGAAGAUCAUCCGAUCGGAAAACUUCGAGGAUUUGCUCAAAGUGCUGGGGGUGAACGUGAUGCUGAGGAAGAUCGCCGUGGCGGCGGCAUCCAAGCCGGCGGUGGAGAUCAAGCAGGAGGGAGACACUUUCUACAUCAAAACCUCCACCACGGUGCGCACCACGGAGAUCAACUUCAAGAUCGGAGAGGAGUUCGAGGAGCAGACGGUGGACGGGAGACCCUGCAAGACCAUGACGGCGGAUGAUAUCGUGUGCACCAGGGUCUAUGUCCGAGAGUGAGCGGCCGGCGGUCCAAGGGCUUCCAGAGCCGCCCCCCAGCCCCUGCUCCCUGCCCCACUGCCCUUCCCCCUUCCUUCUAGGCUAGCUCUCCCCUCACCGCGCUCACUCCCGGGGAUGCUGGGAUGCCUCCAGCGGGGCUCUGCUUUUUGGGGCCUCCCCUUCCUCCCCUCCCCCAACAAAGAGGGAUGGAUGGUAAGAACCCUGAUCACCCGGUCCAGAAUCACUCCCCUUCCCCAGCCAGCAGUCCCAGCCCCAAACCAGCCCAGAGCACAGCCCCUCUCUCUGUGAGGGGACCUGAGGGCCCCAGUGAGAAAGACGGCCCUCUGGUUUCCACCCUUUGUCCCGGUAGCCUACACAGUGUAGAAUAUUUAUUGGUUAAUUUUAUUAAAAUGUUUUGAAAAAUA